CGCGGGAAUCGCUGGUGGCGGCGGCGGGCGGCGGAGCGGAGCGGACGGAGGAGAGCGCUGCGGGCACAAAGACGACAUUCCCCAGAGGAGGGCUCAAAGCUACCGCAGGCAGGAAGAUGACGGCCAUCCUGGAGCGCAUCGGCACUCUGUCCCUCAGCGGGCAGCACCUCAGCCGGCUGCCCAGGCUGCUGGAGGAUGGCUUCCCCAAGAUGCCUUGCACAGUCAAAGAGUGCGAGGUGCCACAGCUCUUCCGUGAGCCAUACAUCCACUCCGGGUACCGUCCCACCGGCCAGGACUGGCGGUACUACUUCCUUAGCCUCUUCCAGAAGCACAACGAGGUGGUCAACGUGUGGACUCAUCUCCUGGCAGCGCUGGCUGUGCUGCUAAGGUUCAAGACGUUUGUGGAGGCUGAGCAGUUGCCUGUGGACGCGUGGUCCUUGCCUUUGCUCAUCUUUGUCCUCUCCUCUGUCACCUACCUGACCUGUAGCCUCUUGGCUCACCUACUGCAGUCUAAAUCGGAGCUGUACCACUACACCUUCUACUUCGUGGACUACGUGGGAGUCAGCAUCUACCAGUAUGGUAGUGCCCUGGCUCAUUUCUACUACAGCUCUGAUCAAGCGUGGUAUGACAAGUUCUGGCUUUUCUUCCUGCCAGCAGCUGCUUUCUGUGGCUGGCUCUCAUGUGCUGGCUGCUGCUACGCGAAGUACCGGUACCGACGGCCUUACCCCAUCAUGAGGAAGAUGUGCCAGGUGAUCCCAGCCGGGCUAGCAUUCAUCUUGGAUAUCAGUCCUGUCGCUCACCGGGUGGUUGUGUGUCACCUGGGGGGCUGUGAGGAAGAUGCUGCUUGGUACCACACAUACCAGAUACUGUUUUUCCUUAUCAGUGCUUAUUUCUUCUCCUGCCCGGUCCCUGAGAAGUACUUCCCUGGCUGCUGUGAUAUCGUUGGCCAUGCCCACCAGAUCUUCCACACCUUCCUGGCCAUCUGCACCCUAUCACAGUUGGAGGCCAUUCUUUUGGAUUACAAGAACAGGCAGGAGAUUUUCCUGAAGAGACAUGGGCCUUUCUCUGUUUAUCUCUCCUGCAGCUCUUUUUUUGGCCUAGUGGCUUGUAGUGCCAUCACAGCUUAUGUCCUGCGGGGCAGGAUCAAGGCCAGCCUGGCUAAGAAGGACUCCUGAGAGUCACAAAUGUGACGGGAACGACAUCACCAAGGUGGUGAAAAACCAGAAAAAGGGGCAUAACAUAUUAGAGACAUAACUGUCUUAUUUGCCUAACACACUGUGACUAAUCAGGACCCUGGACUCAGGUGGAGGGCUGGAGACUUCAUGCUGGAUGCAUUUUCACAGCUGGGAACUGCCUUUUGCCCUCAAGUGGGACAUGGAGUGUUUUAAGCUGGAACAAGUCACUUAACCAAGGAUGCUGGAAUAGGCAGAGGUUUCUUGUUCAUUCUGGUAAACCUGUGGGUGAUACCUUGCUGAAUGUCAGGGAGGGCAGCCCGAAGGCUGUGAGACUGUAGAAGGUUCUGCCAGGGCUCACAAUGCACCAUGAGGACCACAGCUGGAUGUGAUGACCUCUCUGGGUUUUUCCAUUUCUGCUAUCUUUAGGAGACCUGUUACAAUCGAAGGCAGCAGCGAGGUUUCAAGAGGAGCCUACGUUUCUAGGGUUCGGCUGCAAGGGUGUGUGUGGCACAGUGGCUGGGGUAAUCCUUUUCCUGCUCCAGCUGGGCUAAGCGAGGUUAUCUCUAUGGUCCCAUGUCAAGUAUCUCAAUGCCAGCUUGCUGAGGUGGCUUUGGCAAAGCAUGUUUGGAGACUUGGGCCUUGCCUGGGGUCCUCUAGGUCUGAAAAAAAUAGGUCUGAACCUGUGUCUGCUGGUGACUGGUGUGGGUCCAGAAUAGGUGAAGAUGUUAGGUCAGUUCCAUCUUUUCUUCCUGGAGGACUCCCACCAUUUCCAGAGGAGCUGCUCAUCAAAACCAAGGAGUCAGGCUGUCCUAAGGAUUACUAACAGGAGACAGGGUCUUUCUCAGCAGGUUGAAUUGGAUCUAAAGUAGUGGCUUGGUAGCCUACCAGACAGGUCUUCAAAGGCUCUUCACUUCCAUUUUAAGUACUUACUUGCUCUUGAGGAGCUGGGCCUGGGUCAGGCUGGAGAUGCUUUUGAGCCAUCUUCAGUAGCAGUGGCAAAGGUUGAACACCUUUGAUGCCAUCAGCCUUCAGGGUUGGCCCUGGGAGGAGAGAGGCUUUUGAUGCUGGAUGCGUCAUUUUGGCUGCUUGUGUGACAGGUUCAUGCAUUCCUGCCUCGACUGACUCUGACCUGUCUAGGGAGUCUGACUGACUUCUAACACUAUCCAUGCAGUGUAGAGUAACUUGGGUGUCACAGGAAAGGCUCUGGGCCCUGGGCCUCCAACAGCCCCACUACAGUCAUGGACAAAAGGGUAUGAAAGUGAAGUAGUCUUUAUUCCACUCUUAAUGCUGCUUUUCGAGACCCCAAGCAGUCCUUGGUGGGCCUUGUGGGAGGUGCAGGCCUGCUUUUCUCUGACCAAUGGGGUUGUAAAUCUGGCACAUUGUUAUCAGCACUAGAUGAAGGUAGAACAACAAAAGGCAGGAGCAGGGUGACAGCAUUAGUCGUGUGCAAGCUUAGGACAGGUUUGUCCAUGAGACUUGGUGGUUCCUGUGUGGAGCAGCAAAGAUAGUGGUUAGGGACAUUUGAUGUCCAUGGGUCACUCUUGUCCAAGGUUUAGCAGGGGUUGGUUUACUGUAUCCCCCCACUAGAUGAGUCUCUUCUGUGCUUGCUGGGAGGCAAUAACAGAUACAGAAUCCCACCGUUGCACUGAAGGUGGUAGCACCUGCAGGACAGGAUGCUCAGAGCCCAUGCAGAGAUAUGGUCCCAUGCAGCCUGGACACCUGCUCCUUGACCAUAGUAAACCCUGGCAUAGUUCCUCCUAGCUGCAUGCUAGGCAAGACCUGCAGCCUCAAAUGCCUUCACGUUUGGCAAAAAUCUUUGCUGAAGCCAAGGAAUCCUUGGGAUCUGUUCCAGCCACAGAUUUGUCUCACUAAAUCCAAGGGCAAGCAAAUGAAUCCUGAUUGCUGGUUCUGAGCAGGCAGAGCGUAGGGUUGGGGGUUAGAGAUAUGAUUUGUCGUGACAAGCACUGACUUCUGCACUUGGUCUGUUGUUUAACUAUUGGGAUGUGUGUUUAUGUGCAUGUGUGUGCAAGUCCUGGGUUUGGCUGGGGUAGGGUUAAUUUUUACAAGGAGCAGGAUUUAUUAUCCACAAUGGCUUUGCCUUUGGCUUUUAUAUCCGCAGAGCCUCCUAGCUGGGUCAAGAUUAUCCUGAAGGAAACAGUAGGAAGAGGAGCAAGGUGGGCUGGACAACUGUGUCUCUGGAAACAGAUCUAUUCAUAGGUGCUCUGCUGGUUUUUGUGGAUCAAUUUGAAACUCAUGGCCCUGCUGACAAAUAAAAUACAAAGGGGGAGGGAAGUAAGUUUUGAGUACAGGAGAAAAAAAUGUAGGAAAGCCUUUAGGAGACCAUCUAGUCCACCGUUUCUCAUCACUCUAGGCCUCCUGGUUUACAUCCAAUCCAGCUGAGAAAUUAAUUAGUUUCCUACAAUUUUCCUCAGGGGAGUGGCAAGUGGGGAUGGUCCCACUCACACCUCAUCAUACCCCUUCCCAUGUGUAGGAGCUCAUCUCACCACAGGGUGAGCUGGUGCCAGGGGAUGGACUAAAGCAAAACCAGUCCUACUGAAAAAAUGUCAGCAAUUUCCUGCUGGUUUGAGCUUUUGGGCAGGUCACUUGGACAACACUUCUGCCUGCAGGGAAGGGCCAAAGCCGAGGCCAGCAGCAGCUCCUCAACUAGUAGAUGGACUGUUGUGGGUCCUCUGUGGCUUUGCUUGUGGGUCUGCUCCCAGUUUGGGCAAAGGCUUCCAGUGGGAUCAGUGCUCCUUCUCACAGCCUAAUUUGCUUUGGUUUUGUGGCAGGUAAAGCAAAAUAAGCCACUGAAUGUGGAUCUGGCUAGGCUCCUGUGCAGGAAGAGGAGUAAACCAGGCUGGUCCAGAGCUCCUUUCUGAGCUGACACUGACAGGGAGUGGGCAUUGCUGCUAAUAGCAAAGCCUCCUCUGCUGCUACCUAGAAUUAUACUGGAACCAAAGGAAGGGAUCAUCCAGGUGUUUCCUUCUCUAAGGGUUUGGAAAUAGAUGAAGUGUCCUGCUCUUGUCAAAAGAAGAUGAGUACAGUAAUGCCAUCCAGUUCAGGGACAGGGAGAGGAGGGGCCCACGUGCCUCUUCUGAGCUAUUUUUGGCCGUAUGUCAUCUCCCUUGCCUGACAGAAGUGCAGCUUCUCCUGUGGAGCAGUUGUGUGACAGUGGUGGGGUUUCCCAUUUUCUCCUGUCACCUUCAGGUGAAGCCCCCCUGUCCCAGUGUGGCCCUGCACUUGGACCUGGAGCUGAGCUCGUGGUUACUAUGAUGGGUUGGUUUAGCAGGGGAUGUCCAUACAGAUGGCCGCUGUGAGGAUGCACCCUUGUGUCACAAGCGGCUUACCAACACUGGAGCUUCCUUCAUCCCUGGCUCUAUCUUCCAAACAGUUUCUUUCUUUCCCUCAUCUCUGGACUCCACCUGUGUGCCUUAGGCCCCUGGGGAGCCUGCUGCACCUCGGCAGGGCUGAGGUUGGAAGGAGGCUGCCCAUGCCCUCCCCAAAGCCCUGCCCUUAUCCAGGGCAGAGCAGGGGCCAGAGAGAGUGGAAGUGCUGCUGUGAUAAAGGCUCAGCUUGUCCAACAGCCUUGCAGGGCCUUCUCCUUGGGCUCAUGCCUUCCAUCCUGGUGUUCCUCUAAUGAGGCACGGCUGGGAGGAGUGUAGCAGGGCCCGGGUUUGGUGAAGAGCUGACCACCAAAGGCUGAGAACAGCCAGGAUCCUGAAGGGAGUGAGGUCCUAACCAUUUUCCCCAGGAACCUCUGGUCCUGACAGUAUUUUUGCAGAUCUGGCAACCUGCAUAUGUACAGGACGACUCCUGAGAAUUCAUUCCAAUGUGCCUUAUGCCAUUCCUUUUUGGGGUUCAUCCUGAAGGAACCCAAGGCUCAGAGGCAACCCCUUUGCUGUCUGACGGUCCACAGUUGCUCUCAGCAGCUACUACCCACUGACAGGACCUGUUUGCUGUAAGGAGCAGAAGGGGAGGAUGGAGCUUGGUGCCUUAAACUUCUAUUUAUGCCUCGUGAUUUGUGCAACAAGGCAAGGUUGGGUUCCUCAUGUGCCUUGCAAUUUAUGUCUUUUACUGACCAGAUUGUUUUUAAGCACUGUUUGUUACUAAACAGAAGUACAAAAGAGUUUGUAUUUUUUUUCCCCUCGGAAACAGGGAAGAGUAUGAGUGUUACAUACUAACCAUCCCCUUCCCAGCUCCCAUCUGCUGAGUUUGUAUCCUUGAAAACGUUGAUAAUAUUUUAAGCUUUGUACUGUACUGAUCAUUAUUUAAAAACCUUAGUGGAAACAAAAAAA